AUGGAGCCCAUCAAGGUCCAAUCAGAAGGCGGACUGAAUGUGACCCUCACAAUCAGGCUGCUGAUGCACGGCAAGGAGGUGGGAAGCAUCAUAGGAAAGAAAGGAGAAACGGUGAAGAAAAUGCGCGAAGAUAGUGGUGCCCGUAUCAACAUCUCAGAGGGGAACUGCCCUGAGCGGAUAGUCACCAUCACAGGGCCAACAGAUGCUAUUUUCAAGGCCUUUGCCAUGAUCGCCUACAAGUUCGAGGAGGAUAUAAUCAACUCUAUGAGCAACAGUCCAGCCACCAGUAAACCCCCUGUCACCCUGAGGCUCGUCGUCCCGGCCAGCCAGUGUGGCUCGCUCAUUGGCAAAGGAGGCUCCAAAAUCAAAGAAAUGAGAGAGUCCACAGGAGCGCAGGUCCAGGUUGCAGGAGAUAUGCUCCCCAACUCCACCGAGAGAGCAGUGACGAUCUCAGGGGCCCCAGAAGCCAUCAUCCAGUGUGUCAAACAGAUAUGUGUGGUGAUGCUGGAGUCCCCACCGAAAGGUGCCACCAUCCCCUACCGCCCAAAGCCUGCCUCCACCCCUGUCAUUUUUUCAGGUGGCCAGGUAAGAGCAGACCCACUGGGGGCGUCCACAGCCAACCUCAGCCUCUUACUGCAGCACCAGCCACUGCCUGCUUAUACCAUUCAAGGACAGUACGCCAUCCCACAUCCAGAUCAGUUGAGCAAGCUCCACCAGUUGGCUAUGCAGCAAACCCCCUUUACCCCCCUCGGACAGACCACCCCUGCCUUCCCCGGUACGUACCCACCUACACAUCCCUCCUCUCUUUCUAUCUGCUUUCUGUGUUCAGCAGCAGGUCUGGAUGCCAGUAACCAGGCCAGUACUCAUGAACUCACCAUUCCCAAUGAUCUAAUAGGCUGCAUAAUCGGACGCCAGGGAACCAAAAUCAACGAGAUCCGUCAGAUGUCUGGGGCGCAGAUCAAAAUUGCUAACGCCAUGGAAGGGUCAUCGGAGCGCCAGAUCACCAUCACAGGGACCCCCGCCAACAUCAGCCUGGCCCAGUACCUCAUCAAUGCAAGGUGAGAACCCAUUGGCUUUUGAAGUCUGUUGUGAAGUGAUCAAAUGGAUCCAACAAGGGGAAAAGCUAGGUGACUUCUCCAGAAUUCAGGAAACACAACAAAACACACUUUAUAUUUGCCUUUAUUUUGGGGCAAAGUGAAAUUAUGGGGACUGCCCAAUGUUCCAACGGUCCAUUAUUCCUGA